AUGGAAAGUCAGUUGGGAAAUGUGGAAAUCUAUCCACCAUCACCUCCACCGCCGCCAAACCGAAACGACGACGACGACACCAAAAGAGGGAUGUUGUUCGACGUUCCCUGGAUCAUAAUUCUUAUCCAAUUCAUUGUCAUCCUUGCACUAGUUCUUGGUCUCUUUGCAUUCUUCCUCACCAGAUCAGAAUCUUCUACUCCAUCUGUGUAUUCCACAAGGACUUAUCAAAAUUUCGAACUUCAAACUUUAUCUCCCAGCAGUUCACCAUUGACAUUCAGAAGGCGUUACAAAUCCUCCACAGAGACUCCUUCAACAAUCAACUUUGAUUUCUCGGAGGAUCUGGAACCAACGCUAUCUCCAGUUGUUCUCCCAAUGGAAGUCAUGACCCCUGCUUCGACAACAAGCAACACAAUUUUGGAAAAUGUCAAUAGUGUAGAAGUAUUUGAAAAUGACGAAAAUCUUCGGGCCGCGGUGUUCACAUCUUCUAAAAUUUGUUCAGAAAUCGGAAAGUCAAUUUUAGUAAGAGGAGGGAAUGCAGUUGAUGCUGCAAUUGCAGCCAGUUUCUGUUUGAUGGGUGGUCUUCCCAAUAAAGCAAGUUUGGGAGGUGGGAUGAUGAUGACAGUGAAAAGGAAGAAUGGGAAUGUGACAACGGUCAUUGCAAGAGAAAGUGCUCCAAUGAAUAUCAACCUAGAAGAGCUCAAAAAGAACCCAGAACUCAGCCACGUUGGUCCAAAAGCUUCAGGAACCCCGGGUGUCCUCAAUGGCCUGUAUCGUGCAUUCCAAAAGUUUUCAUCCAAUCGAAUCCAAUGGAAACACUUGGUCACCCCCACUAUUCAACAAUGCAAUAAAGGAUUCGAUAUCAAUGAGGACUUCAAAAACAGAUCCAAUGCACCUGCUCUAGCCUCCUUUUUCAAAGCAAAUAUGCGGAAUAACAAGCUAUUCUGCAAUGGAUUAUCUUCUAUACUGACUGAAAUCUCGGACUACGAAAAUCCAUUAGAUUCGUUUUAUAAAGGAGAAAUGGCACAGAAACUUGUAAAAGAAAUUGGAGGUUAUUUGGCGGAUUCUGAUUUGGAAGAUUAUGAAAGUGAUAUGGCUUCUGCUCUAUGCACGGAUAUAGAUGCUGACACCAAAGUUUGUGGACCAGGACCACCGUCUUCGUUUGCGGUACUAGCGAAUACUUAUUUAACGACAAAGAACAUGUCCAACUUGUCCAAAGUAAACGAGUUCGUGAAGUCUAGUCAAGGAUUAACCCAUAAAAUCGGUGACCCGAUGUUUGUAAAAAGCAGUAAGAAAUAUGCAGAAGAGUUGUCGAAAACUUCAAAACGAACAAGUGUGGAGACAAAAGAGAUUCAUGUAAAUUUCAAGGAGAAUGGGUCCACGGAAGUUUUCGUGAUCGAUGAGAAUAAUAUGACUGUCAGUGUGACAUUGUCGCUGGGAGAUGAAUAUUUUGAUAUGAAAAAUGAUAAUGUUCCGUUAUCAAUACAACCUGGGAAGGUACCAACGACAAUGAUUUCUCCCAUUAUUGUGGUGAAAAAUAAUUCGUGA